AGUGCGGGAGGAAGCCCAACCCGCCCUUCACAGCCUUCACAGCAUCUGAUCCAAGUUCCUCCGACCGGCCUCACACCCUCAUCAAGCAUCACAUUCAAGAUGCGCGUCCUCGCCCUCCUCUCUGCCCUCGCCGUCGGUGCCGCCGCCCUCCCUGCGGGCAUCCCCACUGGCUCCGCGGCCCCCGGCUGCCCUACCGUCGAAUUCCUCUCCGUCCGCGGCACCACCGAAUCCCAAGUCGGCAGCACGAUCCUCAACCGCGGUCCCGUCGGCCGACUUAACAAACAAAUCGCGGGCUCCGCAAUCUACAACAUCGUCUACCCCGCCGACUACAAUUUCAACACCGGCCCGGCCAUCGGUGCCAGGGACCUCCUCGCGCACCUGAACUCCCGAACCGCCUCAUGCCCCUCCACGAGAUUCGUGCUCGCGGGCUACUCCCAGGGCGCGAUGGUCGUCCAAACCGCUCUCCCGCAGAUCCCCGCCGCAACUGCACCGAAAGUCAAGGCUGUCAUCAUGUUCGGCGACCCGUACUACGAUCCCCUCGGCCCGUCCGCGGAGGGUACCGCAAAAGGGUCCGGGAGGGGUGGGAGGCCGGUGCCGGCGCAGUGGCAACCCAAGUUGAGGGAUUACUGCAACAAGGGCGAUCCUGUCUGCGCGGGAGGAUCAAACUGGGUGGUGCAUGCGAGCUAUGCAAAUGAUGCCGUCGCUACUCAGGCCGUCAACUUUGUGACCUCGUUGGUGUAGAGAGUAAUGCCUUGAAAUAUCUUAGAUCUUCGUACCAUCCCUUCUAUUGGAUUGGAGAACAUGCCGCUGAUUCCACAUCAUGCCAACGAUGGAUCCCUUACUUUUGUAUGUACCCCUUUUGUAUAGCUCUGUUGCCCGGUGCAAACAGGAUAUUAAUAGCUCUAAUUCACAUUUCUUCUGUACAAUAAAUCAUGGUGUUCUAAUCCCCAAACG